GCAUGCACACUGCUGCGUGCAUAUAUCUUUACGCUUGCUCUAUGAACUCUCCUUAACGGACUCUAAACACCGGCCCCGCUCUGACUCGGGGCGAACGCCCACACGCCAAACAAUUCGCUAUGACUUCCCAGCCGAUGCGUAGGGGUCACCGCAAGCGAAUCUCUGCCCUGCGGCUCUCCUCAGAUACGACAGUCACUACACUACCAGUCUAUACUUCUCCUCCCUGGCGACGACAAGUCGUGUUAGUGGACGACCCUUCAGACCUUCCGCCCGAGUAUCCAGACAGUGCAGAGGAGGCAGACGAGGACACAGAUACAGAGGAGGACGAGUCGCAGAUACUGUACGCAUCGCACGUUCAUUCGGCACCUUUGACAGCGCCCCCUCGGCGAGCAAGCCAUUUACAAGUCCUUUCUCGCAGCAAGUCACGACGCAGCACAUCGAGCGAUCCAUAUCUCGACUCCUUGCUCGCCCGAAGCGUGCACGCAUUGGAGAUGUCAAAUACCCUCUUGCAGUCCUCCAUGUCUACACGGGCGACCCUCGACAACGUGCUCUCGAGGGGUUCUCAGGAUGAAGCUUCAUUAGAAGCUCAAGCACGUAAUUUGUCUUCGAGGAUCACCAGAGACAACAACUGGCAGGCUGACCUUGAUCAGAUAUCGCAAGGUGUAGCGGGGCUGUUUGAUAACGAAGAGGGGCCAAGUAGACGAAUGGCCUCUGAAGACUCAAUAAGUCAAAGCCUUCCCGCAUCCAGCCCUCUCUCCACCGUCGCGGAAUGCAUGUCAAGAUCACAUCUCAGACGACCUUCGCUAGACAUGCGUAACGCUAGCCUUAACCUCGCAGCUCACCACCGUAACGACCUCGUUGCCCCUCCUCCAAGGGCCAUGACCAUGUACGUAGAUUCCUCAGAAGACCCCUCCUCGAUAACACUGCCGUCCACGCUCGGUCUGCGUUCCUCCCACCACGCUGCUGCUCCACUUCCCGCAGAGAGCUCUCUUGCGAGCUGCCGUCCGCUUCUACUUCACGCAGUAGGGUCUGAAAGCGAUUUACGGAAACGCAGUGCCAUAGACAUCCUCUCGUCAGUUGCUAGCCCUCCAAAAGCAAUAUCUUCAACCACGUCAUCCACCGCUUCGCCUAGCUCAUCGUUCCGGACGAAGAGGUCAGACAGCACAAGCACCACGUGCACUCGUAAGCCCCGCCAGUCGAGAUCGCCCCGUCCAAAACCGCUGUCCAUAUCACCCCUCCGCUCGCCCAGUCGGGACUCUACGGGCCGUUCCCCCUCUUCUGCACGCCGAAAGUGGGUCGCACCGCCAAUUAUCGAGCUACCGUCCACCUCGAGCUCUGAGUCAUCGGACGAGCUGCACGUUGAGCGCACGGUAUCUUACCUUCGCAAUAUCCUCGAGAAUCACCCGUCCCCAGCGUCGUUGGAGAAGCAAAAGCAGAGGGAAGCUGCGAAACCGUCGUUCCUGAAACCGUCUCCGGUUGCUCCUGUUGCGGAUGCUUCCACUGCCACUGCGAGCGUGUCCCGCUUAUUCACGAAGGCCAGACAUACGUCCUCAACCCGGCCGCCGAGCCCCCCGCGGCACUCCGCGCUCAAGGGGAAGAGCGGCAGGUCCGCACCUCCUACUCCGACCUCCCCUACGUCGUCAUUAAGUGGCAGCUGGCUUAACGUCUCGGACGCUAUUGGCAUAGGCGGCUCAGGGCGCUCGACACCGAACCGGGUCUCUUUUAUUGAGCCGCCAGAAGUCAAGCAAGGGGGUAAAGACAAGUCUUCAUUACGGACGAGGUCUCGCUCUCGGUCGAAGGGCAAGGGUAAAGGCAAGGCUGGUGACGGUUACAGCAGCGAUACGCCGGCCGGGUGGUGGAGUUGGAUCAUUGGGCCGGCGCCCAACAGCCCAACUGUGCCUUCGUACGUCAGGCAAGAAGACCGGUUGGUUCGCGGGGCGGGGUGGGCGCCGAGGGCAGGCUUCGGUAGUGGCGGUAUGGAAGAGUGGGGUGUCUGACUCGUAUGUCGACUACCAACUACUCUUUUCCUUACUCAUUUCUUAACUUAGGGUUAACUUAUUACUAUCGUUCCGACGACUCAAGACCUGCUAGAACAUCGCUAUAUCUCGCUUUAUCUGCUUGGGAUUUGCGUUCCCGGGAUCAUCGCUGCCUUAACAGGGACGUCUCAUCUCCCUUGGUAUAUUUGUAUCACUAUCUAUACCUUAUAUUUCCCCAACUACCGUUCAUUCGUUGCUUGCAUAUAUUUCACGCUUUCAUCGAAGACUUUUCAAUGUAGUGUUCUUGUUACACUCCUUCAUACAGUGCUGUAUCUCCCUAGCAAUUUCAUGGCUCACUUCGACUCACAA